AUGAAUGAACAGACACUUUGUAAGGAAAGAAAGAGCCAUGUAAUGCCUUCGAAGAGCAAUAAGACACCUGGAAUUGUUGUAAAAAUAAGAAGCACUGUUAAAGAAAUUCAGCGACUACCAUUUUACUGA